AUGAACAGAGUAUUCGCACGAUCAAACGUCCAUUUUUGCAGUUUGCUUGACCGCCGCGUUUUCCCGUUGGUGCAGCUUCCGGUGCAAUCGUCGCUCCAAUGCCCUCCAGGCAGCAGCAACCCGAAGCCAAACAACCAGUGGUGCAUCGAGAAUCUCACCUGCGAGACGCAGCUGGACAACAACAAUGGCUACCGCAUCAAGUACAACUGCUCACGCGUCGGCGCCUCGUGCCCCUACACCAAGAACGACCCGCACUUCCGAGGGGCGCACGGCACUCGCUUUGAGUUCAACGGCCUCCCAGAUAAGACCUUCUGCCUUCUGACCGACCGCCGUGUGCACCUGAACAUGCGCAUGCACGGGUACUUGGACGAUCGCACCAUCGGUGCGUCCAUUAUCCGCGGCGGCAAGGCCGUGCGCACGUGGAUCCGCGAGCUGGGCCUCAUGUGGCGCGAGGAGGGCGCUGUCCCUGGGGACGAGGACCGCGAGCACAGACUCCGGAUGGUGGCACGACGCGGGACCCAGCAGGAACGCGGAGAGGGGUUCGUGGAGCGGCUGGAGGUUGAUGGCGUCCUAAUCGGUCGCAUGCGCCAGGGCGAAACACUCAAGCUGGCAGGACUCGAAUUGACAUUCGUGGGUGUGCAGAUGCGAGGGCCAAUGGAGGUUGACGCGUAUCAUGUGAGCAUCCCGGGCCUCAUUGAGCUGGAUGUGAAGCUCCGAGUGGCACAUCCCCUGCUGCAGACUGCAGAUGACGCAGAAGCUCAUAUCAACCUGGCUUUCCAGCAUGUUGAGGCGACGAAGGACAUUCAUGGCGUCAUGGGACAGACCUAUCGCCCAGGGAGAGAGCAGCGGGCCAUGGAUUACACUGCUUUGUCUGCCCUGCUGCACCGCCCCGUGGCUGUGGACUCUGAACAGGGCGCAGGUUUCUUAGAUGGCUCUAUGCGCGACUACGAAUCAACCGACGUGUAUGCACCAGACUGUAGGUACUCGGCCUUUCUAUCUGGGCGCAUCUCUGGUGGAGCAAGCUGGGACUCGCAAAAGCCUGACACCCUUUUCAAUUACCAUCCUCUCUUUAUGAUCGUGGGCUUUGUAGUUGUGUUCGGCGAAGGCAUCCUUGCGUACCGCCUGCUUCCUCUGUCAAGGCCGGCCAGAAAGGUUGCCCACUUGGUCAUUAACGGGGUUGCGCUGCUGCUAGCACUGGUGGGAGUGUGGGCAGUGUUCAAGUUCCACAGCCUCAAGUCCAUUCCUGACCUUUACAGCCUCCACUCUUGGUGUGGCAUGGGGGUUCUCGCCCUCUUUGCGCUUCAGUGGUUGUCUGGCUUCUACGCGUUCUUCUAUCCAACCACAUCUCUUGCUGCUCCCCUCCCCACCGCGCGUCGGCCCGCGUCGAACCCUGCGGAUCGUGCUGCGAAGCCCCCAUGUGCUCCUCGUUCACGCCCUUCCCGCCAAUCACCCACUCCUCUCUUAUCUCUCCCGGCCUUCCCUCACCUGCCCCGCACCCGCGCCUCUCUGCACCCCCCUCUUCCCCCGCUCUCCGCCACUCAUAUCGUCCCUCCCCCUCUCCCUCCUCUUCUGGCAUGCGGCAACCUAUUGUGUAGUCCCUACCCCUCCGCGUUGCCCGCUGUAGCCCUUUUAUAUCACCUUCCGCCACCCGCGGACUCUCACCCGCCUCCGUGCCUGGGCGCCCCGCUCUCUCAACCACCCUGCGUGGACUCGCCUGUGGGAACCGGAAUGGGCGCUGCUGGCAUCCGUGGCGCGCAUGCUCAUAGCAUCGCCGCCCCUCCCGGCAGCAGUGGCGCGCGCAUGGGUGGGGAGGUGUGGGUGGUGGAGGUGGCAUCUGCGUGCGACGCGGAGAGGGAGGGCGAGAGGGAGAAGGCGAGGGAGGGCGAGAGGGAGAGGGAGGGGUGCAAGGACGCGCUGCUGAUGGCCAUAGCGGACGCGCGCCUGCACUCCCACCCCGUCGCGCUGCUGCUCGUGCAUGUCAUGACGCACGUGCGCUCCCAUGGUGGUGAGGAGGUGGAUGUGCAAGAGGCGGAUGCAGCAGCAACGAGGGACAGCGUGCAGCGCCUGCAGCAGCACGUGCUCAAGCCCCUCGUGCACUUCGCCACACACAAGGAGGUGGCGGCAACGGGCCAUGUGGAGUGUGACAGCAGGCGGGAAAGAGGUCUCUGCACUGCUGUUCGCCGCGCUUCCGCCACUCGCCUCUACCUCUCUCUCAAAAAAUCUUCCAUGAGCCACUGCCCGAACUGUUUCCCUCCAUUUCAUUCGCUCCCAACACAAGCCUUCAUCUCCACCAUUUCCCCCCACCUACCUCUUUCACACGCAUCUCCUCCCACUCACCCCCCACCUGUGGAGUGCAGGAAAGCACAUGCGAGGGGGCUGCCGUCAUCAUACCUGGUGGACUACUGCGAGGCCGUGCUGCCGCCCUCCACCACCAUCACGCUCGUGCUCGCCUCGCACAAGAGCAGCGGCAGCAGUGGCGAGGGUACCGGGGCGGCAAGGGAGGCGGGCAGCAGGAGAGCAAGCGCAGCAGUGCAGCAGGUGGCAGCGCCUGGCAGGUCCUCGGGUGGCGGGCAGGCGAAGGGCACGCCGGGCAAGGCAGGCAGCAAGAGCCGGUCGCCGCUGAGGAGAGUGGUGUCGCUGGGCGUGGGGGAGAACGCGAAGCUGGGGCGAAGGGGGAAGGGCGCAGAGCAAGGGGGCAAAGAGGCAGGGGGAGGCGAUGGGAUCCCGGCUCUGAAGCACGCGUGGGAGACACAGAACGGCGCGGCGUGGGAGCAGAGCGGUGGCACUGGCAGGGAGCCGUCUUUCCACCUGGACCCACGUGUACACGCGUCAGCAGCAGCAUCAGCAGCAGCAGCGCCCUCCCCCAGCACGUCCUCCCCUGCUGCGUCGCCCCUAGCCCCAUCAGGGUCCGCCAUGAGCUCGUUCCUGAACAAGGCGUGGAAGGAGGGCUUCCUCUGGCGCCUGCAGCAAUCCAACGCCCACACCCCUGCACCGCUCUCCAUCGCUGCGAACCACAGUGACGGGGAAGGUGACAGUGAUGGUGAUGGCACGGCUGUGGUGGCCACGCCUGUCACCCCCGCCAACGCCCGCUCCCUCUUCUCCCCCUCCCCACACCAACCCCUCGCACAUUCCCCCCGCGCCACCCCUCAUGGAGCUGCUGCUGAUGCGCACAGCCCUCGCGCUGCUGGGGACGCCCAGCCGCGCCGCAGUGCCGGCAAGGGGCAGGCGGACAGGGUGAGGCGCGCACAUGCAGGCGCGGAGAGGGGCAGUGGUGAGGGGGAGGGGGAGGCGCCUCCCGGGAUUAGAAAGAGCCACUCGGAGAGCAGGGACCCGGGCAGUGGCGCGAGCGAGGGCGAGGGCAGUGGGGGCGAGGGGAGGGAGGUGAACAGUGAUGGCAACGAGGGGAAUGCGCGGCGGCACCGGCGCAGGGUGGUAGGUGGGCGCGGGCUAGCUGCCUCUAGGUUCCGCCCACAGGGGCAAGGCGGAGGGCAGGACGCGGGGUGGGAUGAGCGGCACAGGGAGGGCAGACUGGAUGGGGAGGGGGGGUUUGGCAAGGGAAGGGCAGUGCAGGAGGAGGGGGGUUAUAUGAGUGCGGGAUGGGGCGAGGAGGGGCGGCAAGGAGUGGUUGAGUACAUGGAGGGAGAGAGUGAGAGGUGGCAUGGUGAUGGGUGUGAGGGGGUGGCGGACACAGGGGUGGAGUGGGGGCAGCAGGGCGAAGGACGGGGGUUGGCGCGAAGAGAAUUGCGCAAGGCGAGAGGAGAGAGGGAGCGAGGCGAAAAGAAAGAGGCAAGAAAGGUGGGUGAGGGAAGGAUAUGGAGGCAUGGGAGCGUGGCUGCACAGGAAGGGGCGCGAGAUGCUGUGAGGGUGGUGAAUGCGGUGGCGGUGCUGGCGGGUGGUGAGGUGCAGUCGGCCACACAACGUGACUCCCCCCGGUGGCUGCUGCACGAGGAGGAGGAGAGAGCGAGAGGUGGGGCGGACGAGGGCGAGCAGCAAGGCGCGUGUACGCACGGGGAGGCAGAGCGAGGUGAGGGGUGGGAGGAUCGGAGCAGUGGGGCUGCUGCGACCGACACUGGCAGCAGCAGCAGUGGUGUUAGCUGGUUGCGGCGCCGGCAGCAGCUGCGGCAGAAGCAGAGGAACAAGCAGAUGGAGAGAGCAGCGUGGCAGGAGUCAGGGCAGGCAUUGCGGCAUGGGGAGGAGGAAGCGGAGGCACAGGGGAGUAGUGGGGAGCAGGAGGGUGGGGUGGAGGAAGGCGAGGGGCGGCUGGAGAAGGCGAGAGUGAUGCAGCGGCGGUUGGAGCAGGACAGGGCGUGGUCGCAGGUGCGGCACACAGUGCAGAGCGCAGCAGAGAAUGGUGUGCCCGCUCCCUUCCGAUUAGAGUGGUUCUCAAGUCCCUCCCCUCCAACCUGCACACAUGCCCUCCACAUGCAGAUGGGGAGGUCCCUCUCUCCCUCCUCCACCUUUGCCAGACGCACUGCCUCGCCAACCCCUCACCACCUCGCGCACGCGCACCACUUGCCAUCGUCUCCCUCUCAUUCUCACACCGAUGCUGCCUCCUCUCCUCCCACGAGUACCUCUCCCACCGCUGCUGUUGCCGUUGCUGCUACUGCCAGCAGCGCUGUGCUCGCUGGCACGGCGGACGCCAGUGCCUCCAGCAGCAGCACCAUGGCUGGCAGCGCCCAAGGCAGUGAGCGGCCAUCCAGGCACAAGGUAGGCCGCGCUGUCAGCAGCAGUAGUAGUCACGGGGGCAGCACAGUGACAACAAGCCCACGGGGCCUCGCUGCACCUUCUGCUGCACCCUCUGCGCCCCCUCCCGCUUCUGCCACCGCUGCUGCUGCCACUAGCACGGGCUCUAAGCCAUCCCCUGGCGUGGCCUCCCCCCGUGCAGCUGCAACAGGGUCAUCAGGCAAGGGGCGCAGCAGCAGGGCGGGCAGUGGCAGCGCCAGUGGGCGCAGCAGCAACAGGAGUGCACGCGGCAGCAGCGGCAGCCUGAGUGGGUUGCUGUCACUUCCCCGCACGUCAACGGCUGACAGCUCUGUGCUCACCGCUGCCACCUUCAUCAGCAGCAGCACCAGUGGCAGACUCUCCCUCGACGCACACGUGGCAUCUACCCCUCCUCAUCUCGCUCCCUCUCCCGCUGCACACACUGCUGCGCCCGUCGUGGCACCUGCAUCCCCGGCUGCUACACCUGCUGAUGACGAUGAUACUUCCCAUGUAGCGGCUGCUGAGCCCCCUCCCUCCGCAGCGGCUGCGUUGCCAUCCCAUCGCAGCAUGGGCAAGGAGAAGAAGCGGGGUAUCAAGUUACCGCGCUCUAAAACCGUGGAGGGCAGUGCCUUCUCCUCCUCCUCCGCCUCCUCCACCUCCUCGUCCCUGCUGCCCCCCUCCCGCUCCUCCUCUACCUCUGUCUUCUCCCGUGCAGCCUCCUCCUCCGCCACCAUGGCCAAGUCCGCCUCCCUCUCCGCACACACCUCCCCCCCUUCCUCCCACGCACCCACCGGCACCUCCCCUACCUCGUGGCUCUCCUCGCUGCUGCCCCUCCGCCGCCACUCCUCCCGCUCCGACUUCCCCUCGCCUCCACACCCACCCGCCGAGCCUGCCACUGCUGUGGCUGCGCUGACUGAUGUUCCCGCGACAGCCCUCACUGCUGCUGCUGGCGCGGGCAGCACUGAUAGCCUGGACAAUAGCAGUGGCAAGCAGGACAGGACAGGUAGUUUCCGGGGCGGGGAGAACGGAAGGGACAGAUUUUACAUGUCGAGGGCAACAUCAGGGGCAGGCGGAUUAGGGAGAAGGAGAGGCAGUGGCAGUGGGCGGGGCAGCAGGAACGGCAGUGGGAGCAUGGUGGAGUUCCCAGAGGCGUGUGAGUUGCUGGCAGAGCACGCAGGGGCGCUGGCGGAGUGGGAGGAGGGCGCGGAGAGAGACGGGUCCACGGGCGCGGUGUGCAUGCCGUCUCCCCUGCGCCACCCCGCGGUGCUGAAGCGCAACAACAGCAGCGGCAACAUCUUUGCCCGCAUGUGGCGCAGCGACAGCACGGGCAGCGCCACCCAGGGCACGGUGGAGAGCGGCGAGCAGGGCGCGCAGGUGGAGAUUGCACGUGGCAGGGAUGUGGACGGGUCAGGCAGCGACGAGGGGGAUGUGGAGGGUGGUGAUGAGGGAGAAAUGGGAGAAGGGCGUGUGGAACAAGGGAGGAGGAUGGAGGGGAGCGUGGGAGCAGGGGAUAAGGGCGAUGUGGGGAGUGCACAAGGGAAGACAGCUCCAUACAGCAGCGUAGCACAGGUUGGCGAUAGGGAGCAGGGGCGGGCAGGGGAGGUGCUGACAGGGCAUGGCAGUGCGAUGGAGCAGGAGAGGCAAGGGGUGGGGGGCGAUGAGUCACAGCAAGCUGCACUGCAAGGGCGAGGGGGGGGGAGCGGAGCAGAGCAGGCGUUGCAAGGGUUGGAAGGGAAGGAGGAGGCGGCAGGGGAGACAGAGGAGUGGUGGCGGUACACUGACGACUUCAACAUGCCUCUGCCCGGGGACGACGAACCCUCUCCCACCUCCUCCUCCCUCCACGCACCGCGCCCUGCCCUUGCCUCUUCCCCACGCUCCUCCUCCCUCCCUACGGCCUCUAAGCCUGCUUGCACUCCCGGCACACAUGAAGCAGAAGGGGCAGCUCCAGCUGCGAGCGAAGCAGCAGGGACAGCAGCAGCGGCAGCGGUGACAGCGGGAGCGGAGGCGGGAGCAAGGCGGGGUGAGGGGCAGGUGCAGCAGGACAGCAUAGAUGCACUCAUUGCGUCGCUACUGGCCAUCCCAGACGUGCAGGGCGCCAUGCGCAUUGGGGACAUGCACGGGGCGCAGCAGUUGGACGUGCAAACAGAGGACCCGCAGCCGUGGCGGCAGCAGCAGCAACAGCAGCUGCAGCGCCACCAGCAAGCUGCAGCCUCCCCGCACCACCACGCGUCCCUCUCGCCAGUCCCGUCCGCGCUCUCCUUUGCGCGCCCCUCGUCGCGGCCGCUCACGCCGUCGUCAGUGCACCGGGUGGAGAGCCUUGACAGCAGCCUGCUGCGCGCCGCUGCCGCCGACUGGCGUGCCACACACGCUGCUGCGCCAGGCUCUGCCACAGCAAGCCCUGUGUGGGCCGCACCGCACACACCCGACCGGAAAGGGGGUGCUAGUGGUGCUGGUGCUGCUGGCAGUGCUGGUGGCAUGUGGUUGGUGGGGAGUGAGAGCAUGGGUGGCAUGGGUUCAGGGAUGGGCGCAUCAGCGUUUGAGCGGCGGAGUGUGGAGAGGCAGCGGUCGGUGGAGGUGCGAUCGCUCAAGGAGGAGCUGGCAGCGUACGAGCAGUUUGAUGCCGCCUCUGACGUGUGGGAGGGCGUCAAGGCUGGUGGUGCGCGGGCGGGUGAGAAGGCGGAGGGCGAUGGGGCGGGCGGUGGUGAGUACGACAUCUGGCAGUGUGUGGAGAACCUGGAAUCCUCCCACACCUCUGCUGCUUCUUCCGCUGCGGAUGCAUCGGCCGAUGCUGUCAGUGUUUCUGGAUCAGCAGCGGCUGUUGCGUCCCCCAUGUCAUCGCCUGGGCGAGUGCAUGGGAAGGCCGCCCUUGCUGCCUUGUCUGGGUCCUCAGCCCCUGCUGCUGACAGCAGUGGUGGCAGGAGUGGCGGGGACAGGGGCGGGGGCGGUGGCAGCAGCAGCAGCGGGGCAGGGCGUGUGAGUGGCAGCACGCUGCAGAGGUCGCGGCUGAGCAUGUCCAGUGGGCUGACCGACGUGCCCUUUGGCGCCGAUGCAGGGCCGGUGAGUGCAGGUGGGGAGGGGGGGAGGGAAUGGACGAGUGGAGAGGAGGAGAAGGGCACAGCUGAGCCGGUGAGCGAUCAGGCGGACAAGGCAGCAGCACCUGUGGCGGCGUCCCGGGCAUCGCUAUCACCAGCGCUACUGUCGCUGCACCAGUUCCUCCAUCCCAAGAGCUCUCCCCGUACCUCCCCCUCCGCCUCCGCCUGCUCCUCCGCUGCCGCCUCCCCCGCGGCCUCCCCCUCGCGCCCGCGCACGCCCUCCGUGCACCACGCGCACACGCGCUCGCUCUCCUUCUCGCACAGCCUGCUGCGCCUGCCCACGCCGCGCUCCAUCUUCUCGCCCUCCCGCACCGAAUCCGAGGCUGUUGCUGUGGUGCCCGCUGCUGACCCGCCUGGCAGGCGCCGGGCUAGCGAGGACAGUGCGCGCACACGUGCAGGCGAGGGGGGAUCGGCUGGUGGGUAUGGCAUGGGAAUGCAGAGUGGGGAGGGAGUAGAGCUGAGGGAUGGAGCAGGGAGUUUAUUUGGCGCAGUUUCUGCUGCUCUGGAGCGUGAGAGUGAGGAGGGUGUGGAGGGCUCGUCUGCUGUGGUGUCGCUGGGUGUGGCGAGAGGGAGGAAAGGAGUGGGGGCGAGUGGAGAAGGAGCGAGUGGGAGUGAGGACGCAGGGGAUGGGGGUGAAUUGCUGGAGCCACCCACGCCUUCUGUGGGGUGGAUGCAGCAGCGGAUAGGUGGCCAGCACCACCAGUCUGGCAGCGGCAGGCAUGGCAGUGGGCGGAGGGAGAGAGCAGAGGAAGGGCCAGAGCAAUCGCAGUACAAGGUGCAGCACUUGGGACAGCACCAGCUCCAGGUGAAUCGCUCCAAUAGCCAAGGUGCAGCAGAGGGUGGUGGGGCAGGGCCUCCCACACUGGUUCUCCCCAUGCAUUCCACCAAGCUGCUACGGCCUGCCAUGGGCGACUCACCUGCUGCGUCCCCCUCGCACCGCCUGCUGUCCCAUGGGUCGCUGCCCUGCGCCUCUGUAGCCGCUGCCAUCUCUGCCGCCGCCUCCCUCACCGCAUCCAACCCCUCCUCCUGCUCCACCUCCCCUCCUGCCGCCUCUGCCUCGUCUUCGCUGCAAGCAUCCGUGCCUCGCUCUGCCGCACCCGCACUUGCGCUCACCAGGCCUGCCACGCCAGCUGGCAAUCGGGCUCUGCCUGCUGAUUCUGCUGCUGCUUCUGCUAUGCCCGGCUCGGUCAUGACUGUUAGCAAGGCAGAGGCAGUGAAUGGGAUCUAUGAUCCGUUCACCAGAAGCAACACAUGUGCAAGUGAGCAGGGGGCGGCAGAUAGCAAGAGCUGGCAGGGCGCAGCAGCCUAUGAGGCGAGCCUCACAAGCACAAGUGCUCCCAAGUCAGCCAGCAUCCCCAACCCUCCCAUCUACAGCAUCGCCAGCACCAACCACAGCAGCAGCGGCGGUGGAAUCACAGGGGAGGGGGAUUGCCGCACCUUCUCUUCCGAUCAGCUGCUCAUGGCCACUGAUGGUUAUUCCCCCGCCAAUCUCCUGGGUCAGGGCGCUUUUGGUCAAGUCUUUCGGGGUACCCUUCUUGGCUGCCAGGUGGCUAUAAAGCGUCUGUCAGGUGCCAGCUGGCAGGGCCCUCAGGAGUUUCAAACAGAGGUGGCGGUGCUGACGCGCAUGCGGCAUCCCCACAUUCUCCUUCUCAUGGGGUGUUGCCCCGAGGAGCAGUGCUUGGUGUAUGAGCUUCUGCCGGGGGGGUCCCUGCAGAGCCUCUUGAACCGAGGGGCGCGCAUUCGCAGGAAGCGUGCAGCGGCUGCUGCCAAAGCAGCCAUUCAGAGCGCCAAAGCAGCCAUUCAAAGACAUGGCAUGUGGGGCGAUGACACGUGUGCACCUGGUAGUGCUGGGAAGGGGCUAGGAGGAGGUGGGGGACUAAGAGGAGGGGAAGAGGCUGACAAGUGGGAGAAGCAAGCAGCGAGCUGGCAUCGGUUGCAUGGUGAGGGGGCAGACAUGGGUGGUGGAGACAUGGACAGGGAUCCUGGGAUGGGGGAUGGUGGCAGUAGCGACUCUCAAGGGAGCGACAGUGACGAGGAUGAGGAAGAGAGUUUGACUGAGAGGGUUGCUCCUGAGGAUGAGAGGCAGCGGCAGUUGAGGAAGAAGCAGCAGCAGAGGCGGAGACAACGCCGGAGCCUAGAGGUAGACAGAAACCAGCAGCAGGGCCACCAGCGGACACUAACACCUCCUCACCUUCCUUUUUCUGCUUCAAACUCAUCUACAACUUCUAGUUCCACUGGCCAACCAACGUGCCCUAUUCCUUGGUCUGACAGACUGCGCAUUGCAGCAGAAGUGGCGUCGGCACUGGCAUACCUUCACCUGCACGAUCCCCCCAUUGUCCACCGUGAUUUCAAGCCAGACAAUAUACUUCUGGAUGCAAACCUCGGUGCUCGUGUGGGUGACGUCGGAUUGGCACGCCUGUUGGAGGGUGAGGGUGCAACGACAACACGGGUGCAAGGCACAACAGGAUACAUAGAUCCGGAGGAGCUUGAAACUUGCGAGAUAUCUGUUUCUGCAGAUGUCUACGCAUUUGGGCUGGUGAUGGUGCAGCUGCUGACAGGAAUACCUGAUGUUCGAAGGGUCCACAAGCUGCUUGCCGAAUGCUGGGCUGGCACAGAUGGUGAUAUAUUAUUGGCAGUAGCAGCACUUUCUCGCCAUUUGGAUGAUUCAGGAGGAACUUGGCCGAGGUCACUUGUGGAGGAGGUUCUAGUUCUGGCUCUUGAGUGUGCUGACCGGCGGAGGUCCUUGCGCCCGGACCUUGUUGAGGAGGUCUUACCUGCUGUCAUCCGGGCAGCAAGGGAAGCGGCAGCGGAGAUGCAAAGAAGGCGGCGAAUUGCACGCCUGCAAUUUUUGUGCCCGAUAUCCAAGGUAAGAAUGAUUGACAUGCCCACUUAG